AAAAAAAACUCCGUGAUGAGGCCACAAGCCUCUUGGUCGGCGUUUUGUUGUUGACAUGGACGGGAUGUCCUACAACACUAUUUCAAGGGCAUUUGCCCACAGUGCAACAGCAAAGGCUACUCCUAUUAGACGAGCAGUGACUUCUUCAACCGAUACCCAGAACUCUUCUGUAGCUGCGCCAAUACGGAGGAGUUGCAGGUCUGUCCCUUUUGUAUGGGGUAUCGAUUUGUGUUCCAGGACAAAUUGGACGCUAGGGACAUGGCGUAUCUCGAGGGGAUGGUGGAGAAACAUAAUUGUGCAAUGGAUAAAAAAUCCAUCGUCCCGUUUCUUUUCGUGUGAGGUGUACGAUGAGUUGUACGAAGAGCUUACCUCAAGCUAUAAAGAGAGAGAUCCAAGAAUAUUUACACGCGGAAAAGGGAGAUGGGUCUUUUGUUGAAAAAGCACGAGCAGGAAUUCCUGGCAAGAAUCUCUGGAGGCGAGGGAUCUCGGAAUUAAGCCUAGUUUAUAUGUACGGAGGACUGAAUUUGCUCGCUAGCUAGUCAUAAAUGUCGCGCAAGCCAACUAUCUCUUGUGGAAUAUGGGAUACAGAACUUAUAUAUCCCGGCAAUGCGAGAAUCUGACACAUUUGGCAACUCAAUUAAAGGGGUCAACUACUACGUAG